CUCUCCCGCCACGGGAGAGGAGCAGCUGUCAGCGCGGGUACUUUCUCCAGCUCGCUUGCUGGCUGGUUAGAGAAAAUCCUGUUGGUUUAUUUGGGGCGGAGAGAAAUCGGGGAGUCGGAAGCUUGCAAGUUGACCUGGUGGGACCGAGUGACAGAAGGUGGUCAGUAUGCAGUUCUCAGGAAGGAUUCGGAAGAAGCUGAGAUUGGCAGGUGACCAGAGAAACGCUUGUUACCCUCACAGCCUUCAGUUUUACCUGCAGCCACCUUCUGAAAGCAUAUCUUUGAUGGAGUUUGAAAGCUUGGCUAUUGAUAGAGUUAAAUUGCUAAAAACAAUUGAGAAUCUUGGUGUGAGCUAUGUGAAAGGAACAGAACAGUACCAGAGUAAGUUGGAGGCUGAGAUUCGGAAGCUCAAGUUUUCCUACAGAGAGAACUUAGAGGACGAGUUUGAGGCACGAAGGAGGGACCAUAUCUCCCACUUCAUUCUGCGCCUUGCGUACUGUCAGUCUGAAGAUCUUAGACGCUGGUUUAUUCAGCAAGAAAUGGAUCUGCUCCGAUUUCGAUUCAAUAUUUUACCCAAGGAUAAAGUUCAAAGCUUCUUAAAGGAUAGUCAUUUGCAUUUUGAGGCUGUAAGUAUGUAUAUGUAA